AUGUUGUCGGUCAUUGUCCUCCAAGGCCUGCUGCUGGCUGCAUCGGCCGCCGUCGCCGCCACCACCACGACCAGCGCUCCAGAAGACGUAGACGACCGCUUCGGCCGUCUCCAGGCACACUCGGAACCCCAUUGUUCGAUAUGGCGGGCAUACCACGGCGGCGCCCAUAAGAUCAACGAUCUCAUGGCCGCCCUGGAGCGGAACAACACGUACGAGUAUAAGCCCAUCGAGAUCGACGUGUACGCACACACGAUCGUCAAGUCAUCGGCCAGCCCCCGCUCAAAGAAGCUGUUCGUCAGCCAGUACAUUUACAUGCUCAACGACUGGUUCCGCCCCGCCAACAUCUCCUUCACCCUCCGCGACAGCGAAACCGUCGUCGACGCCAAGGGGGUCGGGCUCAUCGACGAUGGAGUCCUGCGGGCCCACCACAGGGGAUGCGGCAAGGACCUCAACAUCUACUUUGGCAGACCGUACAGGUUCGGCGACCACGUGAACGGCGCCCUGGCACCGCGCAACUUGUCCGACACGAUGGUGCUUCCGGACGGCAUCUUCCUGCAAAACACGGGCACGUGGGCGUCGUCGCCCGUGGCCGUGCAGAUGACUGCCGUCUGGCUGGGACUACUCCACCCCGUCGAGGACUUCUGCUCCGAAGCGGGCGACCGCGUCGACGACACGCCCGCCACGCCACUGCACUGCUUCGAGGACUUCGCACGCUGCCCCAGCAAAAACGUCAUGGGCUUCGGGGACAUGUCGGAGGGCUUCACGCCAGGGCAGAUCCGCCGCAUGCACACCCUGUGGAACUACUUCCGCGCCAACAAGACGUGCCCUCCCGCCGGGCACGGCAGCAGGCCCCCGUCGGGCCCCAUCGUCGACAACAAGCGGCUGUGGACGCUCCCUACGCAAGACAAGGCUCAGGAGCCGUACACCGUCGCCAGGCGCGAUGACCUCUUUCUCGAGCCGCGGCCCUGGGUUGUGGACUUCAGGCGACUGAUGGGCAGAAGCUCGCAUGACGCAGUGGAUAAAGGGCCAAACCAUCUCGCCGGGCGUGAUACGCCUCCGUGGCCCGAGCGACUGGGACAAAAGCGGCCUCUGCCUAGGGACGUCCCGGAGAAAGCCCAAGCAGUAGCUCCAGUGAUCAAGACGUCGACCACGAGUGCAACGAUGACAGAGAGAGAAAGUUCACCGGACAACAAAGGGUACAAGAGCAUGACCUGCAUCGGCGAGUAUGGCGGUAACGGCAACGGCUCGGACGAAGAGUGCUGGUGGGCCGACGACGGGACGCCUGUGCAGCGACCCUCGUAA